AUGAUUGGAUAUUAUUAUCUGUCUAUCUAUAUUUCUAAAUCGCUUCAUAUCUAUCUAGCUAUCUAUCGAUUCAUAUCUAUCUAUCUAUCUAUCUAUCUCAAUUUAUUUAAGUCUGUUCACAUCUAUCUAUCUAUCUAUCUUAAUCUGUUAACCUCAAUUUAUCUAUCUCAAUCGGUUCAUAUCAAUCAGUUCAUAUCAAUAUAUAUAUCUAAGUCUGUUCACAUCUAUCUAUCUAUCUAUCUAUCUAUCUAUCUAUCUCUCUCUCUCUCUCUAUAUAUAUAUAUAUAUAUAUAUAUCAGUCUGUUCACAUCUAUCUAUUUAUCUAUCUCAAUCUGUUCAUCAAUCUAUAUAUCUCGGUCUAUUUAUCUAUCUCAAUCUGUUCAUAUGAAUAUUUUCAUGUCUAUCUAUCUAUCUAUCUAUCUAUCUAUCUAUCUAUCUAUAUCUCAAUCUGUUCAUAUCUAUCACAAUCUCUAUCUAUCUAUCUAUCUAUCUAUCUAUCUCAAUCUGUUCAUAUCUAUCUAUCUAUCUAAGUCUACGACAAUUUAUCAAUCGCACCAUCUAUCUAUCUAUCUCAAUCUAUUCAUAUCUAUCUAUCUAUCUAUCUCAAUCUGUUCAUAUCUAUCUAUCUAUCUAUCUAUCUAUCUAUCUAUCUAUCUAUCUAUCUAUCUAUCUAUCUAUCCAAGCGGAAAUGUUGUUCAUUAUCUACGUAUGUCUCUUCAUUAUCUAUCUAUAUUUUUAUUUUCAUUAUCCAUAUCUCUUUAUCUAUCUAUCUAUCCUCGUUAUUUACUCUAUCUAUCUAUCUAUCUAUCUAUCUAUCUAUCUAUCUAUCUAUCUUCAUUAUUUAAGUCUAUCUAUCUAUCUAUCUAUCUAUCUAUCUAUCUAUCUAUCUUCAUUAAUCUAUCUAUCUAUCUAUCUUAUUUUAAGUCUAUCUAUCUAUCUAUCUAUCUAUCUAUCUAUCUUCAUUAUUUAAGUCUAUCUAUCUAUUUUCCUUAUUUAAGUCUAUCUUCAUUAUUUAAUCGAUCUAUCUAUCUAUCUAUCUAUCUAUCUAUCUUCAUUAUCUAUCUAUCUUUUUUAAGUCUAUCUCGCAUCUAUCUUUCAUCUAUCUAUCUUCAUUUUAUUUAUCUUCAUUAUUUAUCUAUUUAUCAUUAUUUCUAUCUAUCUAUUUUAUUUUCAUUAUUUAAUCAUUAUUUAAUCUAUCUAUCUAUCUAUCUAUCUAUCUUCAUUAUUUAUCUAUCUAUCUAUCUAUCUAUCUUUAUCUAUCUAUUAUUUAAGUCUAUCUUUCAUUAUUUAAAUCUAUCUAUCUUCUAUCUAUCUAUCUAUUAUUUAGUCUCUUUCUUUCUCUCUUUCUUUAUUUCUAUCUAUCUAUCUAUCUAUCUAUCUAUCUCAGUCUCUUUCUUUCUCUCUUUCUUUAUUUCUAUCUAUCUAUCUAUCUAUCUCAGUCUCUUUCUUUCUCUCUUUCUUUAUUUCUAUCUAUCUAUCGUUACUGUAUAUGUUCAUUAUCUAUCUGUAUCUAUGCAUGUUCAACGUCUCUCUAUCUCUCUCAGUCUUUUCUCUAUCAUAAAGUGUAUUUCUUUCCAACAUUGA